AUGAGUGUCCCGCUACCCCUGCGGUCGGCACUGGGACCGUGUCUCGCAGUUCCCAGUGCGCACGCGGGGAGAUCAUUGCUGUUGACGCAGUCCGGCUCUCAUAUUCGCCGGUUUGCUUUCAUCGCCUCGUCGCAGAAGAGACGCCCGCUUCCCCAGCCCAAAUGGCCUCACGUCUCCAAGAGAAAUGCUACGACUCCUCCUCCUCCGGCCUCGGAGUCUGUCCCGACUACGCCUUAUUCCGCGUUGACGGUGGGUGUGCCUCGCGAGAUAGCUCCGAAUGAGCGCCGUGUGGCCAUUACACCGCAGAAUGUUACCAUGCUCCUGAAGAAAGGCUUCUCGCGCGUGCUCAUUGAACGUGGUGCUGGCGAUGGUGCCCAAUUACUCGACCAUGUCUAUGAAAAAGCCGGUGCGAAGAUCGUCGUCCGGGACACGAUCUACUCCGAAAGUGACAUUGUCCUCAAAGUCCGAGGCCCGCAAAUUGACGGCCCCUUCAACGAGGUUCAGGCACUUCGCAAAGGCUCCACGGUAAUCUCGUUUUUGUAUCCGGCUCAGAAUAAAUCCGUCGUGGAUGCGCUCGCGGCCCGGGGAGUCACCGCGUUUGCGAUGGACCGCAUUCCGCGAAUUUCUCGUGCCCAGGUUUUUGACGCUCUCAGUUCUAUGGCCAAUAUUGCUGGAUACAAGGCUGUUCUGGAAGCAUCGAAUCAUUUUGGUCGGUUCCUGACGGGUCAAGUCACUGCUGCUGGAAAAAUCCCCCCGAGUAAGGUUCUCGUUAUCGGAGCGGGCGUGGCCGGUUUGAGUGCGAUAGCCUCGGCCCGUCGGAUGGGCGCUAUAGUCCGUGGCUUCGACACUCGUCCCGCUGUUCGUGAACAGGUUCAAUCGCUUGGUGCUGAAUUCAUUGAGGUAGAUUUUCAGGAAGAUGGAGCUGGGCAGGGCGGUUACGCCAAGGAGAUGUCCAAGGAGUUCAUCGAGGCCGAGAUGAAGCUGUUCAUGGAGCAGGCUCGCGAGGUCGAUAUUAUUAUCACCACGGCCUUGAUUCCUGGAAAGCCUGCUCCGAAGCUGAUUACCAAAGAAAUGGUGGCUGCGAUGAAACCCGGCUCGGUCAUUGUGGAUCUUGCGGCUGAAGCUGGUGGAAAUUGCGAAGCUACUAUUCCCGGAGAGCUGGCCAGCUACAAGGAUGUCACGAUCAUUGGUUAUACUGAUCUGCCGUCUCGCCUGCCCACUCAGUCGUCGACCCUGUACUCGAACAACAUUGUUAAGCUGCUGCUGUCUAUGACCCCGCAUGAGAAGUCCUUUGGCAUUGAUUUCAAUGACGAGGUCGUCCGUGGGUCCAUCGUGACUCUUGAUGGUGAAGUCGUUCCUCCUGCUGCACCACCUGCUCCACCUCCCACCCCCAAGCCGGAAGCCCAAGCAGUUGCUGCUAAGAAGGCAGAAGAGGUUGCUCUUACUCCUUGGCAGAAUGUCACUCGGGAUGUCACUCUUGUCUCGGGUGCCAUGGCCACCACACUCGCUCUUGGCAAGGCCACCGGUCCUAUCUUCAUGAGCAACAUGAUGACCUUUGGUCUUGCUGGUUUGGUUGGAUACCGUGCUGUCUGGGGUGUUGCUCCAGCUCUUCACUCCCCUCUUAUGAGUGUCACCAACGCGAUUUCCGGUAUGGUCGGUAUCGGUGGUAUGUUCAUUAUGGGUGGAGGAUAUACCCCAACCACUCUUCCAGAAUAUCUCGGUGCUGCCUCUGUGCUUUUGGCUUUUGUCAAUGUGACUGGUGGUUUCGUGGUGACAAAGCGUAUGCUAGAUAUGUUCAAGCGGCCCACUGAUCCCCCCGAGUACCCUUGGCUAUAUGCCAUUCCUGGUGUCUUGUUUGGUGGUGGUUUCCUUGCUGCUGCAAGCACGGGAAUGUCUGGUCUGGUUCAGGCUGGAUAUCUUGUCAGCACGAUCCUGUGUAUGAGCUCGAUCUCGGGUUUGGCGUCACAGCAAACUGCUCGACGUGGAAACAUCUUUGGUAUUCUGGGUGUCGUUUCUGGUAUUCUGGCCUCGCUGGCUGCAGUAGGCUUUGAUACCGAGACACUCGCGCAGUUUGCUCUUGUAGCCGGUACUGGUGCGCUUGUGGGAGGAUUGAUCGGUCGUCGCAUUACCCCUACCGGUCUUCCUCAGACCGUUGCCGCCCUGCACUCAGUGGUCGGUCUCGCGGCCGUCCUGACUAGCAUUGGUAGUGUCAUGGUGGAUAUUGACGAUAUCUCAACCCUUCACAUGGUGACUGCGUAUAUGGGUGUUCUCAUUGGUGGUGUCACCUUUACCGGCUCCCUCGUCGCGUUCAUGAAGCUGGCUGGUCGCAUGUCUUCCAGUCCAAAGAUUCUCCCUGGUCGGCAUGUCAUCAACUCGACGCUGCUGGGUAGCAACAUUGCUACCAUGGGAGCUUUUGUGACUAUGGCGCCAGCAAACCCGGGCAUUGCAGCUGCCUGUCUAGGCGCGAACACCAUCCUGAGUUUCCUGAAAGGUUACACCACAACGUCAGCUAUCGGUGGUGCCGACAUGCCCGUCGUCAUCACCGUGCUAAAUGCUUACUCCGGCUUUGCACUCGUGGCCGAGGGCUUGAUGCUCAACAACCCGCUUCUCACCAGCGUCGGCUCCCUCAUCGGUGUCAGUGGUUCCAUUCUUUCGUAUAUCAUGUGUGUAGCCAUGAACCGGUCUCUCACCAACGUCCUCUUCGGCGGUCUUUCCACGCCGACCCAGACCCAGAAGAAGAUCGAGGGCGAAGUCACGCAGACCAGUAUCGAUGAUACCGUAGAAGCCCUCUCCAGCGCAGAGAGUGUCAUCAUCAUCGUUGGCUACGGCAUGGCUGUCGCAAAGGCUCAAUAUGCUCUCGCCGAAAUAGUCGCCAUGCUCCGCGCCCGCGGUGUCAGCGUCCGCUUCGCGAUCCACCCCGUUGCCGGCCGUAUGCCGGGUCAAUGCAACGUUCUCCUGGCCGAGGCCUCUGUACCGUAUGACAUCGUCCUGGAAAUGGACGAGAUCAACGACGAUUUUGCCGACACAGAUGUCACCCUUGUCAUCGGCGCCAACGACACCGUUAACCCCAUUGCGAUGGAGCCCGACUCCGCUAUUUCUGGAAUGCCCGUUCUACACGCGUGGAAGAGCAAGGAAGUGAUUGUCAUGAAGCGGGGCAUGUCAAGUGGAUACGCGGACGUGCCAAACCCCAUGUUCUACAUGCCCGGUACACGGAUGUUAUUUGGAGACGCGAAGACUUCUUGCGAUGCUAUCAAAGCCGCCCUAGAGGCGCGGAAGUAA